AUGGCAGCGGGACACCUUCUGGGUACCCGCGUGGGCUUCCGUUGCCCCUCCAAGGUCUUCGCCUCUCGCGUCAGCCGGCAGCCCAUCCGGUCGGCCACCGCCUUCAAGGUCUCCGCCUACAAGGUGACCCUGAAGACCCCUGAUGGCGAGGAGACCAUCGAGGUCGACGGCGACACCUACAUCCUGGACGCCGCAGAGGAGGCCGGCGUCGACCUGCCCUACUCCUGCCGUGCCGGCGCCUGCUCCUCCUGCGCGGGCAAGCUGGAUGCUGGGGACGUGGACCAGUCCGACCAGUCCUUCCUGGACGACGACCAGAUCUCCAACGGCUUUGUGCUGACGUGUGUGGCCUACCCCACCUCCGACUGCACCAUCACCACCCACCAGGAGGAGAGCCUGUACUGA